GCCGACUCUCUCUCCAGGUGUGCCCGCUGCCCACCACACUGACUUGCCGCUUCAGAGGCUCUCCCAUCCGAACCAUCCGCACCAUCUGCCAUUGAACCACUGACUGACUUAGGUAACCGGCAGUUGAAAAUUGGAUUGCCCCAUUUUGCGAACCCCUACCUUACGGUCCUUAGCAGCCACGACUGCCACGCAACUGCCACUCGCUCAGCAUGUCGACGGCCAACCAUCCGCCCGACCUAAAGCAACAGCAGGAGCAGAGUCUCGCAUUUGCCGAACCCGCCCGUACGCCCGUCCCAAGACAGAAGUCCCAGCGGGUUCUUGCAUGCGCCUUGUGCCGCCGCCGCAAGAUCAAGUGCGACCACAAAUUCCCGUGCGCCAACUGUGUCCGGGCAGGCGCACAAUGUACCCCCGCCAACCCUUUCAACCCUCACCAGCGCCGGCCCCGGUUUCCGGACCGCGAGCUUCUGGAGCGUCUCCGUCUUUAUGAGGGCCUCCUCCGGCAAAAUGGCGUCGGCUUCGAGCCUUGGGUCACCUCCGGGCCGUCGGUUGCUGAGCACGCUUCCCCCAGCGAAGACGGCAGGGCAUCCUCCGACUCCCGAGAGGGGGCGCACUCAGAAUUCACUGUCACAGGGGAUAAGACUGGCUCCAAUGAGCCCCAUGAAGCACUUGAUCUCUGGCGUGCCAUAAGCCGGGCGACUCUUGACCAAGAAGAUGACGAUGCGGAGGGCGAAGAUGUCACCGAGGUCGAUGGGGAGACCGAGGCCGACAGUGACGGCGACGAGAUCUCCGGCACAGCUUCCCUGCAUGGCAGCCGCCGUGGCCGCCACCAUAGUCCCCGUGUUACCGACAAAGCAUGGACUCACAGGUUUCAAGGCGAAGUUGACGACCAAUGCAACGACCACCUCCUGUUUGGCCCGCCCAAAGAAAACAUCGACUCGUCCCUCUCGCACCCGGAACAGGUGCAUAUGUUUAGACUGUGGCAAAUCUACCUCGACAACGUCAACCCCCUCCUGAAGGUCACCCACACUCCCACCUUACAAUCACGUAUCAUCGAUGCCGCGAGUGAUGUCACCAAUAUUGCACCCUCCUUGGAAGCCCUUAUGUUUGCCAUCUACUGCACGUCAGUGGUGAGCGUUGCCGAAGAAGAAUGCGUUGCCUUCUUCCGGUCUUCACGAAAGGACCUCUUGGCCCGUUACCAGUUCGCAUGCCAGCAAGCACUUCGGAAGUGCGGUGCCUGGCGCUCCCCUGAUCUGGACGGGUUGACGGCGCUGUAUCUGUACCUGGUCUCAGUCAGACCCCAGACAGACGUGCGGGCACUCUCAUCAAUGCUUGCCGUGGCGAUCCGCGUUGCACAGCGGAUGGGAAUGCACACCGAGUCUUCGUAUACCGGAUACACGGUAUUGGAGGCCGAAAUGCGCCGGAGACUCUGGUGGUCACUUGUCUACUUCGACCACCGCAUCUGCGAAGUGGCCGACUACCGAACCACCACACUAACUCCGAUAUGGGACUGCAAGACACCCCUAAACGUAAGCGAUUUCGAACUACGCCCCGACAUGAAGAACCCCCCAACAGCACACGACAAACCCACCGAAGCCCUCUUCGCCGUCGUGCGCAGCGAAGUCGCCAACUUCGUCCGCCACAGCAGCUUCCACCUCAACUUCGUCAACCCGACCCUCAACGCCAUCGCCCAACUCAAAACCUCCCGCCACACCAGCCCCGCCCCCGAAACCAAUAACGAGCUCCUCACCCUCGAAACCCUCAUCCAAGACAAACACCUCGCCUUCCUCAACCCCGACGACCCCCUCCACUACAUGACCAUCUGGACCACGCGGGGCUUCCUCGCCAAGAACCGCCUCCUCGAGCACUACUCCAACCAUUCCACCGCCCACCCGCCCAACAACCGACCCACCGACGCCCAGCGCAGCGCCGCGCUCACCUCUGCCCUGACCAUGCUGGAGUGUGACACCAAGCUGCGCACCUCCCCGCUGACGAAACCCUACCUCUGGCUCGUCGACUUCCACCCGCCCGCGAUGGGCUACCUGCAUAUCCUGAAUGAUAUGCGCAAGCGCGGUGGUGGUGGUGGUGGUGGUGGUGGUGGUGCGGAUGAUAACCCGCGCGCGGGGGAGGCGUGGGCGGUGUUGGCGGCGAAUUAUGAGGCGUUGGCGGCGAGGCUGCGGCCGCAUGCGGGGAGUGAGCAGCAGGGUGUGUAUCGGAUUCUGUUGGUUUUCUCGAGGGUGAUUCUACAGGCGUGGGAUGCGAGGGAGGCGCUUGCUGCGGAGGCGGGGGAGGGGGGGCUGCAGCCGCCGCGGUUGGUGGCUGAUAUUAGGAGGCGGAUGGCGCAGAUGGGGUUGACGGCGUCGGCGCGGACUGGUGGUGAGGGUGAGGUUGGGGGGGAGGUGGAUUGUGAGAUGGGGUUGUUUGAUGGGCAGAGGACGGCGAUGGGGCCGUUGCCGAUGGACUUGGGCGGGCAUGCUCCCGGCGGUGGCAUGGGUGGGAGACAAGGGUUUGGAGGUGGUGGUCCGGGGCCCGGGUGCGGGUUCCAAUUGCCGGAUGUGUCAGGGCAGAGUAUUACUGAUGCGGAUAUGGAUACGUUUUGGGGGGAGAUGGAUCGCGGGUGGUUGACGGGCGCGCAGGGUUGGUGAUGGGACAGUCAGGGGGGAACUGUGGGUUACGAUGUUAUGUUUAUGGACCAUUUCUAAGACUACUCGGGAUAGAGCAGCACCAUAUUUGGUUGGAUAUUUGAGCUUUGGGUAAAGGGGUGGUGGUGCAAGAAUUGGGUGGCUUCUCCUCUCCGUUGCGGGUAUUAUUCGCAUAAUAGCAGUACGGCAUCUCAACUCUUGUCAAGUCACCAAAACCUGCAUCUUUUUUGUCCCACUCACAAUACCAACCAGCUCCGUC